AUGACAGCGCCCUCUAUACGAGCAUCGUCCCGUACGCCGACAUCCGGGAACCUGAUAGAAUACUACGCUCCCGACAACCGCACAGCUGUCAAAAGACACCACAACUGGAACUCAAAACAUAGUAGUGCUACCAAAGCAACAAUUGCCGCAUUAGCAUGCAAGUGCGAGACAACAUACACUCCAAGAAUCUCCCCAGGACAAAACGAUGGCGCGGCGACAUACCCUUCUCUGGCGAAGACAGUGCUGAUUAUGAUCUCGCUGUACAUAUCGAUCUUUCUCGUCGCACUCGACAGAACAAUCAUGGGACCCGCGAUUCCUGCGAUCACAAAUCAGUUCAACAGUUUAAAGGACGUCGGAUGGUACGCAAGCGCAUACAUGCUCACGUCCUGCGGCCUCAUCCUCCUAUACGGUCGCAUAUACACGUUCUUCCCCACGAAGCCAGUCUUCUUGUCCGGCAUCUUCCUCUUCGAGAUCGGAAGCGCGAUUUGUGGCGCAGCCCAGAGCAGCAUCAUGUUGAUUGUGGGUAGAGCGAUCGCAGGUCUGGGAAGCAGCGGCGUGUUUACGGGAGCGAUCCUUAUCAUGCUCAACACAGUGCCAUUGCAUAGACGACCGUUGCUGCAAGGCUUAUUCGGCGCGUGUUUCGGCGUCGCAAGCGUGACAGGACCAUUGCUGGGCGGUGCAUUCACAGAAAGUGGAUUGACGUGGCGAUGGUGCUUCUACAUCAACAUACCGCUCGGCGCUAUUACCAUCGGGGUGGUCAUGUUCCUGCUGAAGCUGAAAGAGAACAAACCGAGAACGAAAGGCUGGAAGGAUACAGUGCGGAAAAUGGAUCCUCUCGGGACCAUCUUGUUCCUUCCUGGUAUCACCUGUCUCCUGCUAGCCUUGGAGUGGGGCGCUGCAGAGUACUCAUGGAGCUCCCCACGACUCAUUGCUCUGCUUGCCACCUUCGCAGCCUUGCUCACAGCUUUCAUUGUCUGGCAAUAUGUGACUCGAAAAACCACUGCAACGGUACCUGCUCGCAUUCUUCUUCAGAGGAGUAUUGCAUGCGGUUGCGCAUCGCAAUUUUGCGUCGGCGCUACGAUGUUGACAGUGUCGAUUUACAUGCCACUGUGGUUUCAAGCAAUCAAGGGAGUGUCCGCUUUCCAGUCAGGUGCCAACUCUUUACCACUUGUCCUCUCGACAGUCUUUGCUUCGAUCCUGUCUGGCGGGUUGAUCCAGCGCAUCGGGUACUACACUCCGUUCAUGAUCAUCGGAUCUUGCUGUAUGGCAGUUGGUACUGGCUUGAUCACUACAUUGGCCACCAGCACGGAAACUGCUAAGUGGAUCGGCUACCUGAUCGUCCUAGGCAUUGGAGUUGGCUUCUCGAUGCAACAUGCCAACUUGGCUGUGCAAGUCGUCUUGGAGAAACAAGACAUCCCAAUUGGCACCGCCAUGCUGUCGCUAUGCCAAACGCUCGGUGGAGCAGUGUUCACGGCCGUCGGCCAAAACCUGUAUAUCGACAAGUUCUCCGAGGGCCUACAGCGCAUCGAAGGUAUCGAUGUAGGCCAUGUUCUGAACUCGGGAGCGACUGAUCUGACACGUUCUGUAGCUCCCGAGCUUCAGGAAAAAGUACUAGAAGCAUAUAAUCGCUCUUUGACGCAAGGUACCUUCCUUGCAGUGCUCUUUGUCGCCUGUUUGGCCGUACCUGCAGCUCUAGGCAUGGAGUGGCGGAGCGUAAAGGAUGAUCCAAGGAAAGCGCGCCAAGCGGUCGUACAAGAUGUCGAGAUGAGCAGCGGUCGCAAAAGAGACCCUGACAGGAGCAUAAGUGUCGAGAGACGCGUGUCUCGAAAACAUGCUAUCAGACUGGAUGAUGAUUUCAUCGCGCAGCCCGCUCCGAUUUGGAAGAAGAUGUAUCGAUCAAGCGGACAGUUUUCACAAUGGAUGACAACGAAAGUGAACCCAGAUCUACGGCCAGAGCUUGGUUUUCCGAAGUAG